AUGCGUUUAGGAUAUGUAAAAGUAAUGUAUUUUAAAUUAUAUAAUUUUAUAUGUUCUCAGAGUUGGUAAAUUCCACAAAUUUCAAUUCAGACAAUUUUUUUUUUUCUCCCAAUCUUUAACAGUUUCAUCGUUAUAAACUGCAUUACCAUUUAUGGGAUUUAUUUGGCUAGUAAUUUGAAACAGUCGUAGGUAUGUCACCGUGUAUUGUGUUGUAACACUGAACUAACUUUUUAGCAACACUACUGUAUAAAAAUAAUUGAAAGAUAUAUGUACUUCUGACGUCACAAUUUUGCAAGAGAUCAUACCUCUUUCAGUAAAUUUGACAUGUAUAUAUAAUGAACGUUAUGAGAACGAAUGUCUAAGGUAGCAGAAAUAUUCAAAAGUUCUCUAAUCUUAUGUUCAGCCCCAAAAAUGCAAAAAGCUGUCAUGCAGCAAGAAAAAGGGGAUAAAGCCAAUCAGAUCACUUAUCAUAAUACAAGGCCAGCGCAAUCCUUUUAUUAUCUGACUCUAUAGGCAAAACAAUAAGUAAUCCUAUCGUAAAUGUAGUGAUGUGAUUUCACAUGGAAAAAGUCCUUAAGUACAGACGUUUCCAUAACAUGCCAAGGUAUUUUGGUAUCAAACAAUGUCAUUAUCUUCAGAUUAUGUGCCGUAACCUUUAGGUUCUUUUAAUAUUCAACCAUGAAUAGAUACUUUAGCGAUCGUUGUUUAUAACUGCGAUUCCAGUUCUAUUUUCAAUUUCAGAAUUUGGGAUUACUAUAUCGGCAAUUUGUAAUCUGUAAGUAUUCAAAAAUGAUGUCAUACAUGUAACACCAGCCCUGUAGAAAAUGAUUGAUACAGAAUGCCAGCUAAAUAAAAGGCAGCAAUUGAUUGUUUCAAAAAACAGGCUCAGAUGCAAGUCAGGAAUUAAUUAUUGGCCAGUUGUUAUAGAUAUAUUUCUUCUAAUGCAGUACUAACUUUCUUUUAUUUCCUGACAAUUGGCUAAUUUCAGUGUUUCCUUCUUCAGAUCCCCUUUGUGCAGCAGGUGAAUUGGCAGUUGUUUCUCAGCAAUGUUGGUUUGAGUGUGAACUUGAUGUGAAAGCUGGAGGUGGGUGUGUCAUGACCAUUGGAGAAAUGCUACGCUCAUUCCUCACCAAGCUGGAGUGGUUCUCCACACUCUUCCCGCGGAUCCCAGUGCCGGUCCAGAAGGUAAUCGACCAACAGCUGAAGAGCCGACCGCGGAAGAUCUUUAAGAAGGACAGCAAAGAGGAGGCUGAGCUGGAGAAGCGGUCCAGGAGCCCCAGACGAACCCCUACUCCGCGGAGAUCUCCCAAAAGGUCAAGGAGCAGAAGCCACCAUAGAGAUGGUCAUGGGUCUACCAGCUUUGACUGGGAGCUUGAGAGGGAGCGGGAGCGGCAGAGGAAGGAAAGGGAAGGCAGGGACAGGGAUCGGGAUCGAGAAAGGGCAGACAAGGAUCGGCGACAUUCCCGCAGCCUAGAACGCAUUCUGGAGCAGCGCAGUAGCUGGGGGAGGGAUCGGCGUCGAAGUCGUAGUACCAGUCGGGACAAAAAGAAUGACCGUAAGGAGGCUGAUGCCGACAGGAGCCGGAGGAAGGACCGUGACCACGACAAGGACAAGGGUGUUGAUCAGGAGAGAUCCAGGGAUGGUGAGCGGGCAAAGGAUAAAAGGAGCAAAGGGGAGGUGGAGGACAGGAAGCUCAGGGAGGAGAAAGAAGAGAAGAGACACAGGGAAGAACGCAGGAUAAAAAAGCACAGUAGGAGCCGGGAAAGGAAGCACAGGAGCCGGAGCAGAAGCAAGAACCGCAAGCGCAGUCGAAGCAGGAGCAAGAACCGCGGAGGCAAGCGCAGCCGGAGCAGGAGCCGCAGCAAGGACCGCUCUGGUAAGCACCGGCCAGAGAAGAGCAGCAGCAGGAGCAGGGUCAGAGUUGACGGUGAGGACCGAGCCAAGAAAAGAGAGCGCAGCCACAGUAAGGAGAAACCUCACAAGCGGAGCCGCAGCAGGGAGCGCCCUGUCCGACGGGAGAGCAGCAAUGGAAAGGAGCAGACUACUGGCAAAUGUGAGGGCAAAAGAAGCCAGAGUGCAGAGCAAGGGUAGAGGAUACUGGGCAGCAGGAUAGAAUUCAGACUUUGAUUCUCUUCUUUUGAUUUUUUUUUUUAUUCUUUAGCUUGUCUACUUUCCUGUAGUAUCUAGUGCAGUUACAACAAGGCCUUCCUUUCUGAGGCCCUCUAGGUUGCCUAUGUAGGUUCCUCUUAGCAGGGAAGUGCCUCUGUGUCCUUUUCAUCCAGCACUGCUGCCCUGUGCUCAGCUUAACAUGAAAGGGUUUUAAUUUUUUUUAAACUGUUUUUGUUCUCCCCAGAAGGUUAACGAUUACUUUGUAAAUAUAGAUAUGAAUGUUUUAAAUUCUAUGGAGCCACUUCAAUUGUAAAUUUGUAUGAGGCACUGUUACCCUAA